GUGAUGGCAGACUCUGAUGCGCAAGAGACUCGCCAGCCAGCAAAGGACUCACCCUUCUCCAUCAAGAACCUGCUGAACAUCGAGGACAAGCCCGCGAAGCAGAAGAGCUUCCUGGGCUCGUCCAGAGGAGUGUUCGAGGGCAGCUUCUUCUCCCGGCUCGGUGAAUUAUCUUUCCCUCGGUUUGAGCUGCCCUCGCCACAGAGGAUCGGACUCUCGGGGCAGUAUCUGGACAGAGCGUCCACCUGGUGGUAUCCUUACACGCUUGGGGCUCAUCUGAGGACCGGAGUGUCUGAGAAGGCAAACCCGAGGGAGGCAUCCCAGGCACCAGACAGGCGCUCCCCGGACAUCCAAAGAAGUGACCUGCAGGAUGUCAAAGAGGAAAGCGCCGACGACGAGGUCCCGCUGGACGAGAGCGACGCGGAGGAGCCCAAGAGAGAGCUGGACCCGGAGGACGACUGGAGGAAGAAGACGGACGAGCUGGACUCCGACAACAAGCCGUGUCGCAAGAAGAAGACGCGCACGGUGUUCUCCCGGAGCCAGGUGUUCCAGCUGGAGUCCACCUUCGACAUCAAGCGCUACCUGAGCAGCUCGGAGCGGGCCGGCCUGGCCGCGUCCCUGCACCUGACGGAGACCCAGGUGAAGAUCUGGUUCCAGAACCGGAGGAAUAAGUGGAAGAGGCAGCUGGCCGCGGAGCUGGAGGCGGCCAACCUGAGCCACGCGGCGGCGCAGAGGAUUGUGCGGGUUCCCAUUCUGUACCACGAGCACGGGGACUCCACCGGGGGCCCCUCUGCAAACUCACCGGGAAACCAGUCGCUGCUGGCUUUUCCCCACCACAUGUACUAUUCCCACCCGGUGCCACUGCUGAGGCCUGUUUAA